AUGGACGAGGAUCAACCGGUGACGGCGCCCGUGAUCGAGGGACUGGGGACGGCGAAUGAGCUGGUCUCUGAGCUUCGGGACGGCGAGUCGCAGCCAUCCGGGCCGAGCCCGCUGCCGAGCGGAGCGGAGGUUCCAGAGAAGCCGGGCCUCACGCAAGCAGUGGAGCAGGGCUGCUACGACGCGGUCCGUGAGGUCGUCCAGGAUUUGAUGAUCAGCUUGACGGAACAGCUUUCAACGGAGGCUGUCGCCAAGGAGACGGAGGCGGCUUGGCAGCAGCUGGCUGAUGACGGCGACGUGCUCGCCAUGCAGUUCGCGCACAUCGCAAGCGCUGUCCAAGGCGUGCCCAUAUCGGCGGUUGCGACCGUUGUGGAGGCGUCGGCCGAGGCGCUCUUGCGCGCCGUCAACAUGGUUGUUUCCACCUCCGCCAAUGGCGAGAAGCGCACUCCUUUCUCUGCCUUCUCGUCGUGCUAUCGGUCUGUGGUUGCAGGGACCGGAUCGGCCAAGUCUCUGAUCUUCAAGGCGAUCGCCCCGCAAGCCCUUGUCCCGAACGUCGUAGCCGAGGUUCUGCGGCCUGAGCACGGGCAGACGGAGGCGCCCGCCGCGCUCCGGGAGGCGAUCAACUAUCACCCGCGCGAGACAAACGGCGACCUCAAGGGCUUGAUGACGGCCGGCACCGCCUCCUGCGUCAUGAACAAGCUCGUCGCUCACCCAGAUCUGUGGCGCCUCCUUAUGUCCGUCCCUGAGGGCCAGGAGUGGGUUGCCAACAUCGAAAAGUCGAGCUCGCCGGCCGAGCUCUCCGCCUGGACCAAGUUUUGGGACGCCGGCGAGGAGGUCGCCAAGGGCACCGGUGUCACCGACAUCAAGCGCAUGCACUUUAUGAUGUCGCUGCUGCUCAUGACGCAGCACGAGUCGGUCUUGCGCAUGGCUAAGAUGGAGGACAAGAACAAGAACGGCCUCUUCGGCCGUUUCCUCAUCACCUUCUACGAGAAGAACGCCUUCGACUUCUCCUCCAUUCUCGGUGCCGACUACAAGGACCUGCUGUCGGACGAGGGCAAGCAGAAAAUGGCGCCGCUGAUCGGCGCGCUCACGGAGCGGGCGAUGAAGCUCCUCAUGGCGGCGUGGGUUGCGGACGAGUUCCCGCCGCUCUCGGUCCUCUCAGCGUAUCAGGAGCAGACGCGCGACACGGCUGCGCGGCGGGCCGAGGCGGCGGCUGCGCAGCGGGCCGAGGCGGCGGGCGAGGAGGGCGAGGAGGGCGAGGAGGCGGCGCAGGCCAGCGAGGAGGACGAGGAGCCGACCGCGUCGCAGCUCUCUGCGGCGGGGGCUGACUACAGCGUCCUCAACUACGCGGACAUCAACAAUGGCACAGGCGUGCAGGGGGUGGACCGGGCGCCGCUCUCGGAGGAGGGGCAGGAGGAGGAGGGCGAGGACACCGUCCCCCCUCCGAGCCUCACCUCCUCCGGCCGGUCGUCGUUGGGCUCCUCGCGCCGCUCGUCGUUGGGCGCCGCCGACGGUGCGCCGCCGCCGCAGGAGUCGAUGGAGAUGCAGAGGAAGCGGUUCGCGACGGAGACAUCGACCAUGAUGCCGGACGUUCCCGGUGGCGCGCACGCCCUCCUCGUCGCCGCACUCGAGUGCUACGACAACGAGUACAUGCGGCAGAGCAGCGGCCCCGACGGGCCAGGCAAGGCCGGCUACGUGGCCGCCGCAGGCAAGGGUGGCACACACAUGCUGCGCCGCUGCCCCACGUUGGCCCGUCUCCGCAAGGGCGCGGAGCUCCUUUCGAUGCUUCAGGGCGUCCGCCGCAUGCCUAUCGUCGACUCCGACGGCGGCCCGCUCUUCCUCAAAAAGCUGAUCGCGGCCAUGCAGGAGCGCAAAGACCUCAAGCUCGGCUGCGACUAUCUCGCCGGGGACCCCAACGGCGCUGGGCUUGUGGCCACCGUCGACCGGGCGUCCACGUACCUCGCCUUCAUCACCGGGCAGUUGCUUCUCAAGUCGAGCUACGCCGCCGUGGUCGCGGGCAAGGACGUGCUGCCUCCGGUCGCCAACGUGCCGUCGGUCGUGGCCGUGCCGACGUCGGCAGCGGAGGCGGGCGGACAGGGGUCCGCCGGCCGGACGCCUGGCCCCGCCACCGACAUGCUGGGGCGCGCUCGCAAGAUCAUGGUCACCGACAGCUUUUUCGUCACGCCGAGCGAGUUGCCCAAGCACUGCACCCUCGAGCAGUUUCGCGAGGCGGCCGAGCACCUCGAGAGCAACGGGCUCGCGCUCCUCUUCUCUGAGGUGAUUGGCUUUGGGCCGGCGCAGAACAUGGUCACGCUCCUAGGACAUGGCACCAUGAUCCGCACCGGCUGCAAGGUCACCUUCGUCGUCAAGAUGCUGUCCUACGUGGGCUGCGACGAGAGCCUCGCGCGGGCGCAUCUCUCUGCCGCCGAGGCCAGCGACUACGACGCGCUUCUGCACCAGUCGACCGGCGUCGCUCGCACGGCCAAGGAGAAGAUGCUUCGGCUGCUCACUUACAUGGCCUCGGUGGCGGCGCUGGCUGGACGGCUCGACACGCUCGCCGAGCCGGGCGCCAUCCGAUCGGCGGCGCUCACGGCGUACCAGUUCUCGGGCGGCUCCCUCUCUGCGCUGACCACCGCCGCGCAGAAGCUGACGCAGCGCAACCUCGACGGGAAAAAAAGGCGGGCGCUGCUGGAGGCCAAGGCGAAGAACGAGGCGCUGGACCGGCUGGCCAUCCUCACCAAGAAGAAGCUCGAGCCGGCCAAGUACUCGAGCCUGGAGCUGCUCCCGCACGUUGAGGUGCCCUCUGAGCCGGCGGGGCCCACCACCUCUACGGAUGAUUCCUCUGGCAAGCGGGCCAAGGCUGCUGGGGACGACGACGACUUCACGUAG